GCGAGAGAGAGAGAGAGAGAGAUGGGCACCGUCGGCGAGGCGGGAGCGUCGUUGCCAUCGUCGUCGGACGGAACGAAGCGGCGGGUGAGCUACUUCUACGAGCCGACCAUCGGCGACUACUACUACAAGCAGGGCCACCCCAUGAAGCCCCAUCGAAUCCGAAUGGCCCAUAACCUCAUCGUCCACUACCGCCUCCACCGCCUCUUGGAGAUCUGCCAACCAUUCCCGGCCUCCACCGCCGAUAUGUGCCGUUUUCACUCCGAGGACUACGUCGACUUCCUCUCUUCCGUCACCCCCGAGAUGCUCGCCUCCUUGUCUUCAGAAAAUGCGGACACUUUCAAGCUCGACAAUUCGGAUUGCCCGGCUUUCGAUGGCCUCUUCCAGUUCUGCCAGGCCUCGGCCGGAGGAUCCCUCGGCGCCGCUGUUAAGCUCAACCGCGGUGACGCUGACAUCGCCAUUAACUGGGCUGGCGGCCUCCAUCACGCCAAGAAGAGCGAGGCUUCUGGAUUUUGCUAUGUCAAUGAUAUUGUGCUCGGAAUCCUCGAGCUUCUCAAGCAUCAUGCGCGCGUGUUGUAUGUUGAUAUUGAUAUCCAUCAUGGAGACGGAGUUGAAGAGGCUUUCUAUACAACUGACCGUGUCAUGACUGUUUCUUUCCAUAAAUAUGGGAACUUCUUCCCAGGUAGUGGUGACAUCAGAAGUAUUGGGUGUGAUGAAGGAAAAUACUAUGCGAUGAAUGUCCCGCUAAGUGAGGGAAUGAAUGAUGAUAGCUUCAGGGGAUUAUUCAGGCCUAUCAUUCAGAAAGUUAUGGAGGUUUACCAGCCUGGGGCAGUUGUUCUUCAAUGUGGUGCAGAUUCAUUAGCUGGAGAUAGAAUUGGUUGUUUCAACUUGACAUUGAAGGGGCAUGCAGAUUGUCUACAAUUUCUUAGAUCUUUCAAUGUGCCUCUGAUGGUCUUGGGAGGUGGAGGUUAUACAAUGCGGAAUGUUGCCCGUUGCUGGUGCUAUGAGACAGCAGUUGCAGUUGGAGUAGAGCCUGAGAAUAAGUUGCCUUACAAUGAAUAUUAUGAAUACUUUGGCCCUGACUAUACCCUUCAUAUUGAACCAAAGAAAACAGUGAAUAAGAACUCUGCUCGGUAUCUGGAGGCACUUAAGAACACGCUACUCGAGCGUAUUACAAAAAAGCAACAUGUCCCAAGUGUGCAAUUUCAAGAAAGACCCCCAGAUACAGAUUCCCCUGUUCAGGAAGAAGAGGCUGAGGAUUCUAGAAAUAAUAUUGGUCCAUUAUGGAAUGGUGAUCCUUAUGAUUCUGAACCUGAACAAGGUUGAUCAAUUCAUGCUGAUUCUGACAGGCAGAACUGGAGUGCUAACUGGAAGCUGCAGAACAGUAAAAUCUCUUGUCAGGCAUUUCUGUCAGGCUGUCUUUCUUGGACAAACUGCUUGUCCAUGUUUAGUCCAAUUUUGAAUUUUUCUUUUUCUUGAGCAAACAUGAACUUGCAUAUAUGUUUGAGUCAACCAAAAAAAGAGAUACAGCCUAUCUCCCUAAAUUUGCAAUUUUCCUUAACAAACAUAAAAGAAAAGGACAGCUCUGUGUUGUUUUUUACAUGUUAUCAUGUUGAAAACAUGUAGAAUGGUUUUGCAAUCACAGGCAUGGAUAGGGUUUCUUUGAUGAACAUUAUCAGAGGCAUGAUCUUUGAUUAGAUGAGGAAAUUAGUGGUCAUAUCUGAAUAUGAUCAACUUUUGCGGCUGUGUCCCUUCUUGCAAGGGCUUUGUUUGACUAACCAAAAGAUGACAGAAUUCUACCUCACUG